AUGUUUUGGUGGACAUAUGCAGUGCUUCUCACAUCAUGCAUUUUGGUAUUCAGUGAUAAAAAUUAUAAUAACAACCAAUUUAUCCAAGUAAUCUUAUUAGAUGAUUUAUUAAUCAACGGGAGACAUCGCAGAAUUGAGGAUAUAGCGAUAAGAGAAUACGAUGGAAGCUUAUUUAUUCAAAGAGUUCUAAAACUUACCGAUAUAGGACCAUUUGCAGUUGCAAGUAUGGUAUUGGAAAUAUCACCAGAAAAACAAAAUGCAACAAAAGUGGACACCACACUAUUACCACUGAAUCAUUCAAAAAUUUUAAUUCCAUAUAUUCAAGCAAUGGUUGUCGCACCAUUUGCGCUUGAAGCGAUAGAAUUGGAGAAAAAUGGCAAAAUAUGGAAUAUCUUGGAAAUUGGUCUUGGUACCGGAAUUUUGAACAGCUUCCUGCAUAAUAUCUUUAGCUCUAUGAAUAUAACAGCAAUAGAAUUGGAGCGAGGAAUGUAUGAAAUAGCCAAGAAAUAUUUUGGUUUAAUCGAAGAUAAUUACCAAAGAGUUAUCAUUGAAGAUGGAAUACAAUAUUUGCAGCGAAUUUCAAGUGAACCUAAAUACGAUGUAAUUUUUAUUGAUGCUUGCUAUGACAGAAUUAUUGCUGAUGUAAUAUGUCCAGUUGAAACAUUCAUGCUAAAACAAAAUUUAAAAAUUGUCAAGAAAGCAUUAACCAAAAACGGUAUCGUUGUUCUAUCAAUUUUGACAUUUGACGAAAAAGAACUCAGAAAGGUGGAAAGGAGGUACAGAAAUGCAUUUGGCAGCUGUCGCCUGAUUACUGACAGUUUAAAUCUUGUCAAUCAUGUUCUUGCAUGUGGCGAAUACCGAACAAGCAAGGUCGAAUUUGUUAGAAAACUGGAAGAAAUAUACAAAAAAUUUGGAUUUGAUUCACAACCGAAUAUUGAAUGA